CCUUGACACAGAGCGAGGAAACACUCCGUUCUCGUUUCCUCAAUUGAGGCAAGGAGCCAUGUUUGUUUAUGUUCAUCCCUUGGAGAUCCCUGGUCGCUCCUCGUCUCCCUCGUGUGUAGAACAGUGUGUGUGUGUUGUGUGGAACUCUCGACACAGAGGAUGGUCGGUUCCAUCCAGUAACAGUGGAGGUCAGAAGGAUGAGUCUUGCAUCCCGUCCUGCGCUAACUGAAUCACCACUCACCGCUGCAGUCAGCAUGUCACCACAAUGUUGGCAGACUGGGUAUGGACGUAGUUUAAUAAUGAGAAAGAAGAAGAAAUUUGAGUGGUGCUGUUCACGAGCUGGUUGUACCUUCACCCUCGUCAACCUGUCUUCGGCUGCUUUACCUUGGUCGAGCUACUUAGACUGCACUGUAAAGCCUCUGUGUUCUCCACAUAACUCAUUCACACUUUAAAACUUUGCAUUGAGGAGAUAUUAACUAUUUUCAGAAUUAGUUCUGCAUUGGGAGUGGAUCUGCCUCUUUUAUCAUUGUUCAGAAGUACCGUAGUUAGUUACCAAUUCCAUUAACAGUGCGCAUGCAUGUGUGUAUAUAUAUAUUUAUAUAUAUGUAUAUGUACAUAUGUAUAUAUAUGUGGAUAUAUAUAAGGUGUUUGGAGUGUUCUCAGUGUAAUUUCUCGAGAGAAAAACUGAUAAUUAGUGGAAAAUGGAAAAAGGCAGAAAAGGAAAUUCAGAAACAAGCGAAAACACAGGAAGUUCAGCCUCACUUGGCAAGCACAAGUGGAAAAAGAAGAGGAACCAAGAGAUGCAGGGGGCACGUCCAAAAUCAAAAAGCCCGCAAGGGGGCAUCCAUCCAGAUGUGGUGGAUGAUGCGGCAGCUCCAGAUCCAGUGUCCAAAGGUGAAGAAUUGGCAGUGGCGUUGAGGAGUGGAGUGAGAAGAGAGAAGUCCUUUGAGAAGGAAAGGUCACCUACUGGACGGCUCCAUUGCUCCUACUGCAAUGUGUACUUCAGUGGAAAGUUGGAACUGCAGACCCAUUGUCGUGGGCAGGACCACCAAACGACCAUCAUGUCUGACGAAGGUCGGGACUGGAAGCAUCGUCCCCCACCACGUGGCCUGGGAGCGGAUGAAUAUGCCCUUUGUUCCACCUACAAGGACACACACAACUGUAGGUUGGCAGACCAGUGUGUGGGGGCCCACAGUGAUGCAGAACUACUGGAGUGGCAGGAGCGUUUCGAAUACCGUGCCAUGAAACUGGAACGAGCGAGAGAGAAGCAACUGCAUGGAGCAACCUACGCAGACCAGCUACUGGAGCGGCUGUCACAAGCCCAGCAUCAGGAUGCCCUUAUCUCAGAGAAGAUUGAUGCUGUCGUUGUCAACAUGAGUAUGGAACCCAACCUCAGAGUUUCUCAAAAACCAAGUCAGCAUGAAUGGACCAUCAACCUGCGGCCAAGCAGUCCUCUCAGGGUGGUUUCACUCCUUCAUGAUGCCCAUAGGACUCACUUUGCCAUCUCAGAAGUUACACAGAUUGACAACCAUCGACAUAUUCACAAGUCAUAUGAGCCAGAGAAUAAUCAGGAGUGGAUAAACCCUGACAUGGAGGCAGUGCUUCCGCCAGACAUGCCUGUGCAGGAGUACAAAGUCACCAUCGUCUUCAAAACAGCCAUAUAUGGAACAUUCAGGCAGGCCGUCAUCUUUGACUUUGGCACAGAGCCAGUCCUAAUGCAACGGUUGUGUGUGGAUGUGAUCCCAGUAGAAGACCUGAGUGCUCUGGAGGAGACAAAGAGGACAAUCUUGACCAGGAGUGAAAGGUGGUGCGAAGAAAAUGUGGAUAUUAUCUAUUUCGAGCCCAAACCUCAUGAGUUGAGUGAUCAUGAUAAAAGCAUAUUGGCAAUGUAUCCCCCACCAACGAAUGAGAAUUUCGUGUUCACUCAGUCCUCCAUGCAGAAGGUGCCCUCAAGGAACAACUACUGUAGUCGCCUCCAUGACCUCCUUCACAUUGAGGAGUUAGCCCAGUUUGACCUGAUGGCAAGGUUCAACAUCAAGACAACCCUGCAAAUUGUAAACACAUACAUGCUGUUACCUUCGACAGCAUCCACAGCCAAGUACUCGAGGCCAGGUGAACUUUUUGCCAAGCUAGAACUCUCCUCAGAGAUCUCAGAAGACUCCCAUCAUGGAAGGCUUGUAUUAUCCAACUGCAACACUAUCCUUGUGGCUCCUGUCACAGAGGAAUCAGAGGUUAAGGAAACUUCUAAGCAGGAAUCAUCAGCCUCUGUCUCACCUACUACUGGAAGGAAAGAGGGUGAGAGUGAGGAGAAGGAAAUAUUAAAGCCCAAGAGAAGAAUCUAUGAGGUUUUGAUCGAAGACAAGACCAAGAAGGAGAUUUAUCUUAGGUUCUCUGAGGCUGCUGUCUCUGAAUUACAUCUUGCACAUGAUGAGGAAGUCACGGUGGAAGUGCAGUUUCAGCUGAAUCGACUGCCACUUUGUGAGAUGCAUUCUGCUCUGGACCGCUUGCCAUCCCUAGAUAUCGUGUUCCCGGACAUGACCCUGGAGCCCACCAUCCCAUGGAGCCCCAUAAAUGUCUCUCUUUGCAGACAAUGGGGAGAAGGUCUGGACAUGAGAUUGAACCCCAAGCAGAAGGAGGCUCUAGUUGCCAUCACAGCUCCUCAUGGACUUAUUCUGCCUCCCAUUCUCAUAAUUGGUCCAUAUGGUACAGGAAAAACAUAUACUCUAGCUCAGGGUAUUAAGCAGAUUCUGCAGCAGCCUGACACAAGAAUUCUCAUUUGCACACACUCCAACAGUGCUGCAGACCUGUACAUCAAGGAUUAUCUGCAUCCAUACGUACAAUCAGGACAUGAGGAAGCAAAGCCACUCCGCAUAUACUAUCGAAAUCGUUGGGUUACAACUGUACACUCCAGCGUGCAAAAGUAUUGCUUGAUUGAGAUGGAUCAGGGUGUGCGGAAAUUUGUUAUGCCAACAGAAAAAGAGAUUUUAGCACAUCGAGUGAUUGUAGCAACUCUCAACACCUCUAGAUACCUUGCAUCUCUCAAUCUGGAGAAAGGAGUGUUCACCCACAUCCUCAUAGACGAGGCGGCUCAAGCUAUGGAAUGCGAAGCCCUCACACCAAUGGCUUUAGUAAGGCCAGACACCAGGAUCGUUUUGGCUGGGGAUUACAUGCAGCUGAGCCCAGAGGUAUUCUCACCCUUUUGUGAAGAGCGAGGUCUUGGCAUGUCCCUGCUAGAGCGAUUAUAUGACCUCUACCCCGCUGACUCACCUUGCAAAAUCAUGCUGGUCGAGAACUACAGGUCUCAUUCGGCUAUUAUUAAGUACACAUCCGACCUGUUUUAUGAGGGCCGUCUGGUAGCCAGCGGUAAACAGACAGCACAUCCCAAAUUCCAUCCACUGACAUUCUUCACAGCGCGGGGUGAGGAUUUCCAGGAUCCAAAUUCCACUGCAUUCUACAAUAACUCUGAGGUCUAUGAAGUGUGUGAGCAAGUUGGAGAGAUCAUCAGCCAUUGGCCAAAAAAGGAGUGGGGUCCUCUAGGUGAAAAUUCCAUUGGUGUCGUCACCCCAUAUGCUGACCAAAUGGUGCGCAUUAGGGCUGAGCUGAGGAAGCGAAAACUGUACAAGAUUAAUGUAGAGAGAGUCCUCAAUGUACAAGGCAAGCAGUUCAGAGUCAUUGUGCUGUCCACUGUGCGGACACGCCACACGUGCAAGCCAGGAGCUGAAGGCUUAGACUUUGGCUUCCUCUCAAAUGCAAAACUCCUCACCACUGCCAUAACAAGAGCGCAGAGUCUGGUUGCCGUUGUUGGAGAUCCUGUCUCUCUCUGCUCUGUGGGGAAGUGCAGGAAACUUUGGGAGAAGUUUUUGCAGCUGUGUUCUGAGGCUGGGUCUCUGUAUGGAAUAUCAUGGUCAACACUUCGCUCACAGCUUGACGGGGUAGAACUGAAGAAAACAUAUGUUCUGAACCCAUUAGCACCAGAGUUUGUCCCCCGCUGUAUAUAUUACUCUAUCCCGCCAGUGCCAAUGGUACAUACUAUGCCUCCCUAUGUAAACAUGUAUUCCCCUUACAACUCUUAUAUACCCACCUACCACAUGCGCCCUAUGCUUGGGCCUCAAGCCCUACCCUAUCUCCCACAGCCUGGCAUGCCAUCCCAAUGGUCUCCUGUACAUUAUGGUGCUGGUGCAAAGACCCCAUUGGUGAGGCCAGCAGCAGCUAGGCUUGGGCAGCCUCUUAUUGCAUCCCAUCCUUUACGGUCAGCUGUUGUCACUGCAACUCAUCCCCAUUACAUGGAUCCCCAUGGAUAUGACUAUCAGUUACACAAUAACAUGAUAUCCAUGUACCCUUAUCAGGCAGGAUCCUUUCCCCACCGGUUACCUGCCAUGCGGCACCCAGCAGAACUAGACCCCUUUACUUGUGGGGCCUUCCUACCACCCCCUUACCAACACAUAAGGCCUGUGCCACAACGCGUGGUCCCUCCGAUUGGAUUCCGUGGCCCUUCCUUUGGACGAGCCAUGUCUCUUCCCCCACCCCAGCUGGGCAGACUUACCCCACAUUCAGAAGGAGAGAAGUCCUACCAGUUUCUCAAUAAUGUACACUUCCCAGAGCGACAACUCUCCAAUCCUCCCUCUGUCAUUGCCAGGCCAGUACGUUCACGAGCUGACACCGAGUCACCUAUGUCAUCACAUUCCAGAGAGAGCUCACAUUCAAGUGCAAAUGAUAGUCGGCAUUCUUCACAGUCGCAGCCUCAACAACAUUCACAGUCACACGUACAUCCGCAAGUUGAGGCACAAAAGAUACCGUUAUUAGGACCUCAUUUACAAUACCAGUCCAAACCUCAGGCUCCUCCUAACAUCCACAUUGAUCAACAAGGUCCUCCCAUGCAGCAGUUGAGGCAGCAAACCAGCCAUCAUCAGAUGAUCCCUCAGCCACAUCCCCAUUCCAAUGGAAGUGUCCCUAUUGAAGAUGCAGCGUUGCCCACUCCAGAUGUUGUACGCAGUAUUAAUGAACUCAUUAAUGACCAUUCACCAACCAAGUCUGCAAACCUCUGGGGUUCAGUUGAUGUGGAAUCAAAUAACAAGUUGGACCUUAUACAAAAUAGGUGUCGUUCACCAACAGGAGAAGCAUGGUUAGGAGGAAAUAGCUCAAACAGUAUUAAAGCUGCAAAUCUGAAUAUGUCUCACUCUAAUCCAAAUCCUUGGUCAGGAACUCCUACCAGUGUUGGAAAGAUUGUGACUGUUCAGGAACUUGAGGCCUCUCUACACAUGAGGAAAUAUCCUGGUGGAAACGUAUCAAGUUCAGGCCUUAAUAAAGCUCCAGGGCCACUUCCCUUCAGCCCAAGGGAGCUUGAGAAAAAUGUUCAUAUUCGAGAGAAUGAGGAAGUUGGAGGUGGCUUUGGGAAAGGGGAUGUUCCACCACCCCCAGGCUUUAGUAGUUUGAAUAGGAUGGUUGAUCCCUUAGGUCGGCUGGAUCUCAAUGAGGGGGAGCCAGUUGGCUACCGUACCCCAAGUUUACCUCUGUACUUGAGAAGAGGGAGUCGAGAAUCAUCAUCAUGUUCUCCUGGUGGCACACGAAAUGCCCACCAGAGCUCAGUUGUGGGCAGUAUGCACAGCAACAACCACAGCAGUUCUCUGUCAUCACUCUGGAACAUAGGGAGGGAAGAGAUGAAUCCUGUAUCCUCCCAGGGUGAGUUAGGCCUUCAGAACCUUUCAUUAUCUCUUGGCAUUUCACCCAUUGGGGCUCUUAAUCCUUUCCAAAACAGCCAAGACAGCAAAACAUACGCAGGAGUCGUCAGGUCAUCUCUCCAGUCUUCAGACUCUGAGAAAGGUGAGGAGUGCGAGUAUGCAUUCAAAGAUCUGGGUGAUAAGAGGCUGUAUACGUCAAAUAAUCAUCUAUAUCAGCAUUUCCAGUAAUAUUUUAACUAUCUCAAAUAAUGACGAACCUCACCAGUUUAAGUCCAUGAUAAAAUAUAUUGCGUUUACAUCCAAAUGAUAAGAGUUAGCAAACGUUAGUGAAAGUAUGCAUUGAAAAUACAUACAAGGCAAGAACUCAGGAUGUGUUAAAUCAACCAUACAAGUUGGAUGAGGGUUUCAGGUAUUCAGGAUGGUUCUAUAAAAAAAAUUAGCACAUGCACAUAUUAUUGAUGGUAUGAUAUGACCUAAUAUAUUUUGCCUUCUAUGGUUAAAUUGAAUUGGUGAGAUUCUACUUUUCAUGUCUUAUUUGCACUGUUAAAUUUCAUGCAGUGUUUGCCGUCAGUAUUUUUGGUUCUUUUUUUUCCCCCGUAGUAAUAGACUUUUGUGUGAGUGCGUCUGCGUGCGUGUGUGUCUCUAUACCUGUGUCUGUGCAUUUUUGCAAGCAUAUAGACACAUGUAUGUGGAUAUGGUAUGCUUUUUGCAUUUGUAUGUAUGCAUUUGUGGAGCUUUAGAUGUAUACAUGUAUGUAAUAAUUAUACAUAUAUACAGACACGAAAACAGACAAUGUAUUUAUACAUACAUAUAUACAGAUGUGUAGAUUGAUAUGUAUGUGUUUCCUUUUAUUAUUUAAUUCCACUGUUGAGUAUUAUGAUUUAAUUAUGUACUAUGUUAAACAGCAUCCUUCAUAAACAAAUUUACAUAAAAAAAUCAAAACAAAAAAGAACAAAAAAAAAAAAAAUCUAGGUAGUAGAUAUUGACAUCUGUAUAUUUUUUCCUUUUGUGUAUAUAAGCUUCUUUCACUCCCAUGGCAUUACAGAGCAAAAGUAGUUUAUGUUGUCUUUAUUCAACUAAGUGCAAUGUUGAAAGGCCUAUUUGUAUUCUUUGAUUGUAGGUGUUAGUACAAGUAGUAGUUACUAGGUCUAAGUCGUGCUGUGCAAGACCACUGAAGACAUGAAUAAUUGCAAUGGACCAAUAGGUCUGCCUUUGUACCUGGGUUUUUAUACUGCCAUUCACCGCCCACCCCAUCCCACCCCACCUUGAGAAAUGAGAAUGGAAUGAAAUAGAAAGAAAGAUGAAAUGGGAGGGGGGGGGGACUUAAAACAUUCAUAUAUUUCAUUUUUUUGUUGACAUCUUUCUCUUGAGUUUCGUAGUUUUACAGUUUAUUAUUUUAUCGCAAUAUGUAUUAUUCUCUCUCUCUCUCUCUCUCUCUCUUCUCUCUCUCUCUCUCUCUCUCUCUCUCUCUCUCUCUCUCUCUCUCUCUCUCUCUCUCU